AUUUACUUUUCACACCACCUACAUUUUUCAUACAUAUAUAUAUAUAUACCCUUAACCACCCUCUUUCUUCUCAGCUUGAGGUUCCUUUCUUCAAAGAGAACACCAAGCUUCAACCAAAAAAUUUCACAAUCCAAUUCCAAAAACUUUAGCAUAUUCAAUAAGUGGCAAAUUCGUAAUUUUCAUCAAUAUGAAUUCCCUUACUACACCGUCUUCCAAUUCCCUUACCUAUCUGAACCGGGUUCGCCCCUCGUUAAACCGGAUCGGUUCAGCUCCAACGAGAAUAAGCGUUAAAUGCGGAUACGGUUUUGAAUUCUCCACCGGUUCAAACCGAGCCGAUUGGCAAAGCUCAUGCGCUAUUUUAUCAAGCAAGGUAAAUUCACAGCGAGAUGAAUCACCGGUCACCGGAAACGACCAUGUCUCCGCCGUCAACGGCCACAACAACGCCGUAACUGAUCUUCAGCUCGUCCCAAUCGGAAACAAUAAAUCACUUCAACCAAAGCCACUUAGCAUCACCGACCUAUCUCCGGCACCGAUGCACGGCUCAACUCUCCGUGUCGCGUACCAAGGAGUUCCCGGUGCAUACUCCGAAGCCGCUGCCGGAAAAGCUUAUCCGAACAGCGAAGCCAUGCCGUGUGAUCAAUUCGAGGUAGCUUUUCAAUCGGUAGAACUCUGGAUUGCUGAUCGUGCAGUCCUACCGGUUGAAAACUCCCUUGGAGGAUCUAUCCACCGAAACUACGACCUCCUCCUCCGUCACCGCCUCCAUAUCGUCGGAGAAGUUCAGCUCCCCGUCCACCACUGCCUCCUCGCACUUCCAGGAGUCCGAAAAGAAUAUUUAACACGCGUGAUUUCGCAUCCACAAGCAUUAGCUCAAUGCGAAAACACGUUAACAAAGCUCGGCCUCAACGUAGCGCGUGAGGCCGUUGACGAUACAGCUGGUGCCGCGGAGUUUAUUACUGCAAAUAACCUCCGCGACACUGCUGCUAUCGCCAGCGCACGCGCUGCAGAGCUUUACGGAUUAAAUAUCUUAGCUGAUGGAAUACAAGAUGAUCCAAAUAACGUGACACGGUUUGUUAUGUUGGCAAGAGAACCCAUUAUUCCAAGAACCGAUCGUCCUUUCAAAACAAGUAUUGUUUUUGCUCAUGAUAAAGGAACUUCAGUGCUUUUUAAAGUGCUUUCAGCUUUUGCGUUUAGGAAUAUCAGCUUAACUAAGAUUGAAUCUAGGCCUCAUCGUGGCCGUCCGAUUCGAGUUGUGGAUGAUGAAAGUGAAGGAACAGCUAAACAUUUUGAGUAUAUGUUUUAUAUUGAUUUUGAGGCUUCUAUGGCUGAGGUUAGGGCACAAAAUGCACUUGCUGAAGUUCAAGAGUUUACAUCUUUCUUAAGAGUUUUGGGGAGUUAUCCUAUGGAUAUGACACCUUGGAGUCCUUCUUCUACUUUCUCAUAGGGGAGAUUUGCUUUGAUAUUGAUCUUAGUUAAAUCUUGAUAUAAAACAAAAAUUAAAAUAUAUAGUGUGUCUUACUCUUAUCAUGUUAAUUGUUAUAAAAGUUCAAAUUUGUGAAGGAAAAAAAUAUCCAAAAUUGUUUAAAUA